GUACAUCGCUCUGGUACGUAGAAAAAGAUCACGAUGUUUUGGAUUUUCAUCGAUCGGUGGAUUGUCUGUUGUCUACAUCCCGACUGACGUACGGUACCUGUGGACUACGUACGUACGUAGGGUACAGCGACGCUACCUACUGGGACAUACCGCACGAGAGAGGAUUGCCAUCACACCGAUUCGUACGGUACCAUAGGUCUUCCAUUUUCAAAUCGAAAAGAACCAUUUACUUGUAGCGUGCAGUGGAAGAAAGCAGCAGAAUGAAACUGGUGUUUUCCCUCCUCGCCAUUGGUUGCAAUGCCUUCGCCGUGCCACGGUGUCGUUCAAGGACGACUCGAACCACGCGCAACGAGAGAGCAGCCACGGCGUUCGUCGGAAGGAUCUCGCGGGGGGGACAACCUCCGUCGUCGCCGGUGGCAUCGGCCUCGCCUGCAAGGGACGAAUCGGCGGCGCGGCCGUUCUCGUUCUCGCUCUCGCUCUCCGCCGAAACCCAAACCGAGUCGGAAGGCUUCGACGAGGACUACGACGACAACGACCACGAGGCGAGGUCGCAGUUCGGAACCAAGGAAUACUGGGACAACAUGUACCAGGGGAUGGGGGACUUUCCGAUGGACGAGUACGAGUGGUAUUUCGGCUUUGAGAGGUACUGGAGGCACGUGCAGGCCCACACCCCGGGAAAAGACGCGGAGGUCCUGAUCCCGGGCAUCGGAAACGAUCCCGUCCUCCUGGACCUCUUGCAGAAGGGAUACACCAAGCUGACCGCGACGGAUUACUCGGAGUUCGCCAUCGAGCGGCAGCGGGAUUUCUUGUCGUACCAGGGCCACCCGUUCUCGUCGGAGGUCGGAACCGAAGCCGACGCUUGCGGGAGCGACCGGCCGACGGUCCUCGCCCAGAUGGACGCCCGCCGCAUGCCGGAGCAAUGGACGGACCGGUUCGACGCGAUCCUCGAGAAGGGGGCCCUCGACGCGAUCUACCUCUCGGGGGACGGCAGCGCGGAAGCCGCCGCGGCCGAGUUCGCCCGCGUCCUCCGGCCCGGCGGGAUCCUGGUCAGCGUGUCCGGGGUCGUUCCGGCCGACCUCCGGAGGGAGAUCUUCGGGGGCUGGGAAUGGAUCCGGGACGGGAGCGGCGACAAGGAGGCCGGGUGUUUCGUGCUGAAACACAAAGGGGAGCAAUCCCAACCAAGAUGAAAAAGAGCCAGAGCAGCAGCAAGAAGAACAAGCAAGCACCGAGCCGACCCGGAGUGCGUGCGGCAAGCAAGCCGUGUCAGAGGGCAUGGAAUCCAAGGCCGUUGCUAUGGACGGUCCAAACAGGCGACAACAUCCCAAUCUUUCUUUGGGAAACAAAAAGUCCGUGAACGACCACAAUCUACUGCACCGAAACAAACAAAACUCCCGUCAAUUUUUGGCUCGCAAGGCUGUUCGGUACUACGCAUCGAUCUAGUUGUGCCUCUGUGCGACGCCCAGACGCCGUGACACUCCACGUAUUUCCAACACAGGUCCUGCGUGUGUGUUCUUCGUUGCAGAUCCGCAGCACGGCGUGGAAUCUUGCGCAGAAACAACUACGUAGAAUAGAUCUGUUAACACAUUCUUCUGAACAUUGCUAUAUUAUGGUACAUCUCCUGCAAAGUAUUUAUUGCGCAAAAUCAUUCCCUAGCUUGUCGUCUUUGCAUCGACCAGGCAUGUCAUAUUUUCGAAACAAGGCAGCAGAAACUACUAGCAAUAGCCGUUGCCCCCGCCCUUGCCGGCAUCGCCGCUGCUCUUCAGCGAAGUUGCGGCGAGCGUGGCACGCUGCCGUCUCAUGCUCUUGAGCUCCUCCCGCCGCAAGCUUCCCAGUACAUCGGCGCAGUAGCGGACAAUGGUGUGGUGCACGCCGUCCUCCGCUUCGUCCUGUUCCAUUUUCCGGACAAAGGCAUCAAAGCUACCCCUCCGAGACGGCGCGUCGUCGUUCACAAUGACGCCCUUGCCCAGCUGUACCUCCACGCUUCCGCGCUGCUGUUCUUCCCUCAGCUCCUGCUCGAUGAUCUCCAGAACCUCCAGGGCGGUCCGGGCCCACGUCGCAAAGUGGUAGAGGACCUCCUUCUCGCCGCGAACCUGGAUUUUCGCGUGGCGCUGGUUGGAAAAGGGCGGAUACCGGUGCUCGUCCAGCAGAUCGGCCUUGUCCACCGCCAGUGACGUCGGGUACUGGGCCAGCGCCACGGAAAUGAUCUGCAGGAGGUUCACCAUCGAUUGUCGCUCGUUUUUCAGGCUCAGGGGGUGGCGAAUGUCCCGGCAGCUUCGGUAGUAACUCGUCAGCGAGCUCCGGUGUUCCGUCAUAAAGAGGGACCGCAUGUCGCUCGCAACCGGGGACGUGAUGGCGCGGAGUUCGUCCGCGCUGCAGUUCAUCGCCCGCAGCAGGCUAAAGAGGAGCCGCGUGUUCUCGUUGUUCGAGACGCAUAUCCGGACCCGCUUGGCGUGUGCGCUGUGGGGCCUGCUGCUUGCGACGAGCGCCGCGGAACCCACCAGAUUCAUUUCUCCACGGAUCCAAAACUCCAGCUUGUGCUGAUACAGGGGGUCCUCCGGGCUCAGGUUCAGUUCGAGCGGCACCUCGUUGGGGCAAAACCCGUCGAGUUCCCGGUUGUCCUCUACGGCAAAGCCGUAGUUCAGUAAAAAUCGGUGGUUGCAUUUUUGACCGUACGAAUCAUACACCUGGGCCCCGGCUUGGAUGGGCUGGAGGCUGCACGUCGACGCAGCAGUCGCGAUUGUGGUUUCGUUGUGGAUUUCGCGACAACAGUAUUCGAGGACGUUGGAACAACGAUUUCGGAUGAAAACAAGCAUAGAAAAAUGAGAGACAGUUCGGUUCGGAGCAGCAAUCUCUCGGUUUUGCAAUCGAUCCAACCUGAAAAGACUUACGUCGUGAUUGUAAAGGCCUGGCGGUCCUCGUCAAAGGUCCACUUGGUUUCUCGGGGACGGUAGUGGUUGAGCAUGUCCGCGUGGGGGACCAGGGCCGAGGUACGGUGGCCAUCGAUCUGAAGCCCAAAAUUCCUCGAACACACGCACAUCCUUGCCCACUUGAAUUCCUGCAGGGUACAAAUCUUAUCCAGCGGUGCAAUCUGGCAAAUCGCGUAGUAGUCGUCUGCUAUGGCCUCGUUGCGGUCCUCGAUCUGCUUCAGCAGGUAGCUCCCGGUCAGGUACUCGAGUUCCUGCGGCGACCAGAAAAUGGGCAUGUUGCUGAGCGUCUGCGGCAGAAUUUCGUAGUAGGGGUGGAAAAACGAGUUCUUCCCGUUGACCUUGCGAUCCCACAGGAGAUAAAUCAUCAAGAAAAUGUGCUUCGGCGCAUCGAGGUCCAGGUCGCUUCUGAGAAUGGACCGGCCGAUCGGCGUCUCCUGCCCCAUCUCGACCGUGAUGAGGCACCUCCGGGGGAUGGCCACGCAGACCGUGUUGGGCGGAAGGCGGGUCCGGGCGUGGACGCCCCUCAUCUCGGAAUCUCCCUCGCAAGAUCCGUGGUCGUUGUCGAUCGGCAUCUGCUGCUCCUUUUUCUCCUCGGCCUCGUCGUGUUCCUCGUUCCCGUGGUCGACAAUGCUGCCGGUGGAAUCGUCGUACUCUCGGAGCUCGAGCUGCGGGUCAGCAAAAACAGAAUCGCAUCGCAUUGGCAAUAGGAGCGUUAGUAACAAAACAGACCAGGUGCAAGAAUGGCAAGAGUCGGUCGGCGACAAAAGUUUUUUGACACGGCAGGAUUCGGAUACAAUCGCCACCAGAUGGUGCUGUAAAUGAUAGUGAUAACCGAUAAUGGACAAUGAAUCGCGCAUCAAGACUUACAAGAUCAAAUUGCGCCCCAUUUUUCCUCAGCCAGUUUUCGAAUCGUUCGUAUUUAUCAAGGGAUCGACCGGAUCCUCGUAUCGGUUGGUCUUUGGAUGGUUUCUGUUGCUUCAGAUCGGCACCAUCGGAACAGUACAUCAUCCCGUUUUUGCUCCGAUUGAAGCGAUGUACAGGAUGUAUAGAUAGUGACUUGUGCUGGAUGCGCAGGGGAAAGCAAAGACUUUUUUCCUCGGCUGGUUAGGAAUGAAUAUUUUGUUGCACAGAACCGUGUUUGGGUUUCGAUUGAACGUGGAUUUGGAUCCUGCCUCCGAUACUCAGUGACUCGUACCCUUCCAGAAAAUGCAGAAGUAGUGACACAGAUAUGCACACUAUGGAUCCAAUACUGCAAAGACAAAUGCCUCUCCAAAAAAGAAUCCUCUUUCCACGGCACUCGUACUCCACACCGACACAAACCGAGGGAAGAAUGGAAUGAACCGAUCGAAAAUGA